GCAACUACAAGCAAUUAAAAGACAGUGCAUAUAAAUAUGUCACGAGCAGGCACGAAACUCGAUUCGAAAAAAGUUAAUUCUGAAUUAUUUACAUUAACAUAUGGAGCAUUGGUAGCUCAGUUACUAAAGGAUUAUGAAAAUGUAGAGGAUGUAAACAAACAGUUGGAAAGGAUGGGUUACAAUAUGGGAAUUCGUUUAAUAGAAGAUUUUUUAGCUCGAACUGGAUCUGGUCGAUGUUAUGAUUUUCGAGAUACUGCUGAAAAAAUACAAACUGGUUUCAAAAUAUUUUUGGGAAUUACACCGACAAUUACAAAUUGGAGUGCUGCUGGUGAUGAAUUUUCUUUAUGUUUUGAAUCAAAUCCAUUAACAGAAUUUGUUGAAUUACCAGAUCAUUGUUUAAAUUUAAAGUAUUGUAAUGUAUUAAUUGGAGUAUUAAGGGGAGCUUGUGAAAUGGUACAAAUGGAGAUUGCCUGUUGGUUUGUACAAGACCAACUGAAAAAUGACAAUGUAACUGAAUUGCGUGUUAAAUUUAUUAAAAGACUAGAAGAUGCUAUUCCAGCAGGUGAAGAUUAAGUAAUUUUGUAUUGUCAAAGGAAUCUUGGACAAAGGGUAGACUUCAUUGUCCUCAUUGUAAUAAUCGUAUAGGUUCAUUUAAUUUUGUAAAU